UCACCAAACGAACGUUCGCAUUAUUUCGAUAAAUUCCGUUUGAAUACUAAGUAAUUUAAUCUAGAUUUAGUUUUAAAAAAUAGGCCUAAACUGAUGGAAAUCGAUCAUUUUACGUUCGGUGGUCGUUCGAUUAACUUCACCAUGAUUUUGAAAUUAAUAACGUUAUUUUUGUGUCUACAUUUUUUAAAAUGUGAAACAUCAACAAAUGUUAAAGAUUCUUACAUAAAAGCCUAUGAUCAAAGUAAAGUUUUAAAUAAAAAAUCCGAUCCUGGUGAGUAUGGAUUUUCUUCAAAUGGAUUUCCUUCAAACGGAUAUUCUCCAAGUGGAUAUCACCCGAGUGGGUAUCAGGAGUAUGAAAAACCAUAUUAUGGACCACCUAAGGUUUAUGGACCACCACAAUAUUACCCAGAACCAAAUUAUCCCCCACAUCCUCCUCCACAACAACCCUACGGGCCUAAAGACCAAUUUUUACCCCAUGCUCUUUUGACGGUGUUGGAUAAAAUAAAAUACAAAAUUGAUUUGUUAACAAUUGGUAAAAUAAUCCUUAAAUUAGUUAUUUUCAAGAAAAUCGUCUCAUUUAUUGGAAUAUUAUGUUUGUUAUUGUUUAUUCCAUCCUUAAAGAAAAAGCACCUUUUCCUUGGUGGCGGAAAUUUAGGUGAAGAUAUGUUUCGAAGUCUUGAAACGAAAAAUUUGGGUGACGAAAAAAUCGAAAAUAUUUCUACAUUUCUUGCAGAUUCAAUACAGAAAUUUUCCCAACCUAAUAAUGAAUCAAUAAACUGCAAAUCAAUGUUUUGCAAAUCUCAAAGAUUAUCAAAAUACAUCAAUAAUAAAUAUUCGUAUGAUAAAUUAAUUAGUUUGUAUUCAAACGAGUUAUCUUAA